GCAGCACUUUACUUCCAUAGAUGUCGAGGUCGUCAUUGAUCAACGGCCGCUAGUACCGUGAAGCACGGCCCUUCGGCUAUGGUAACGACUUCGACUGUUGACAUCAGCAACAUCUGCAACAUUUGACGGAGAAACAAUGGCCAGGCUAUCAGGGCUGCAAAGGGAUGUACUGUCGUUCUACAGACAGUGUCUGAGAGCUGUGCGAGAGAAGCCGAGUGACACACGCCCGCAUUUCCGCGAUUUCGCAAGAGGAGAGUUCCGCAAAAACAUAGGAGUAGGCAAGAAGGAUUUUGGCACUAUCGAAUACCUUCUCCGAAGAGGUCGCAACUCGCUCGAGUCUUACUCGGAUCCCGGCAUCAAAGACAUCCACAGGUAGAGCUGCGGUGGGAUGUGCUCAUGGACAGAAAGAGUUGUUGGUAGCCAGAAUAGCCAGAGCAAGCAGUAACUCAGUCGAAAGCCUCCCAGUGUCGGACUCACGUGACCGUGCCAAGACAGUGGAAAGUUCGAGAGGUCUUGGUGUUGCUGUAUACAGUGUUGGGGAAGGAGACCGACACGAGACAAAAGCACUGAUAAUUUCGAGAAGCUUCCUCAAAUGAGGGUCGUUGCUCGAUCGAGUUAUUGGCAUUGGAAUGAUAUCAUACAUCAUGAGCCCUGGAUGUUUCUAGACUCGACCCGAAGUACUGCCGAACUUCCUCACGCCAUGUAGACAGGGGAGGCAAGGGAUUUCUAGCAACACUGCGAUUCUUCCAGAAUCUCAUCACUCAAGUAUAUAAACAUCUCAAUCUGUCUCCCAAGUUCAUCAUCAGAACAACAGUCAUCG